AUGAAGGGUGUCGUCGAUAUUCGGCUAGUCGUCGCCGGCCUAGCGACGGCGUGUUCACAACAGAUCCACAACCAACUAGCGGGCGCUAAGGUGGCGAGCACGGAGUCAAAGUACCUGCUGUUUUUGGAUGACGACAUUCAGUGCCAUCCAGGGACAUUGGGGUCGUUGGUGAAGGCUAUGGAGACGCGACCAGAUGUAUUUUGCUGCACAGGUUACUCUUUUGACAUCCCAUCGACGCCAAGCAUCUCCGCGUAUGCCGCGAUGGCGUACCGUCUGCCUCUGCUCAUCGGUAUGUCGUCCGGCGGCCCGGCGUUCUUCGUGUGGGGCGGCUGCAUCAUGCUACGGCUUGCGGAUCUGCGCGCGGAUCGCAACGGCAUGGCGAGCGCGCUGCAGCGCAACGGCUACAGCAACGAUCUGAUUCUCACGUCCGUGGCGGGAGUGCACGGAUGCAAGGUGUGGUGCCCUCCCACCGCCAUUUUCCCCGGGAGAAUGUCCGGCGCGUGGACCUUCCGCCGGUACUGGAACUACGUGCGGCGACAGAUAUUCGCCUUGACCACCUACUGCUCCUCGUACGCCUACCGCACCAACCACGUCGGCUGGUUCUUCUACACGUACGCUUCGCUCGCCGUCACCAUCCCCCUCAUCCCCUCGCUCAUCCACCUCGUCCUCUUCAUCCUCUCCCUCGCCCGGUCCGUCCUCCUCUCCUCCCGACCGUUAUUGUUACAAUCGGGCGUCACCGACGUCGCAACCAUCGCGGCGCUUGCGUCGAGCGGGCUGGUGGGCGGCGGGCGGCCGGUGGUGGUGGACGGGAGGACGCUGUGGUGGGAGUGGAUGGUGUCGCGCUCGUUCUGCGCCACUGGCCUCGCGUUCUCCCUCUUCCACUUGGCGAGCAUCGGCAUCUCGGCUCUCUUGGGCACGCGCCUGUUCCACGCCGUCAUCACUCUCUGCAACCUGCUCUCGCCGGAAAAGCCGCAGAUCCGGUUAAGCAAUCUCAGCCUCUCGCUCGGCGUGCUGGGAAUGCUGAUGAACCUGGCGCUGUUGCCUGUCAUCGCAGUGUACACGUACCUACAGCCCGCCAUCACGUGGGCUGGCAUCAAGUAUGUGCGAAGAUCAGGCCUUGUCGCCAAAGUUCGCCAUCCGACGCCGCAGUCCGAAGCUCUGCCGAUAGAGUCGCGAGUGUCGCAGAAGGUGCUGGACCUGGAGAUUGCGGGCGGCGGGCUGAUCGGAGACGAGUUUGACGGCGGAUGCUGGAGCGCGCCGUACGAGAAGCGCGAUUGGCUGGUGGAAGCGUUGGCGCGGGUGCCGUGGAGCAAGGGUUGGGCGGAGAACAUGGAGAUGUUGUGCAAGUCGCUGCCGGCCAUUCGCACGGCACGAAGCGUGAGCCCUAAAUUGAAAAAUCUCGUGCUGCACUGGGCCGUCGCCGCGGGCGGCAAGAGCCUUUCUCUCGCCAUGCAGGUGGGCGGCGCGGCGGCCGGCGGGUGGGUGGCGGUGGCGUGGUCGCCGGACGGCAGCAUGCCCGGCUCCGACGCCGUGAUCGGCGGGCUGCCGGGCGGCGCGGUGAAGGCGUACGCCAUUAACGGGUACAGCGAGGCGGACGUGCGCCCCACCCCCCGAUUCUCCAUCGGCGCCGCCUCCUCCGCCAAUGGCGGCUCCCUUAUCAAGUUUUCGCGGUCGUCUGGCGACGGCGCAGUGCCGGUGAGCAUGGCGGGCAGCAACAGCAUCAUCUGGGCCUUCUCCAGCGAUCAGUCGCCAGCCCUCGCCAGCCACGGGGGCAACUACGGCCAGGCAGAUGUGGACUUCAGCUGCACGGGCUCUACUGGAGGCGCUGGUUCUGGUUCUGGGGGGGGUGCUGCCAUGGCUCAACAAAGGAUGGCGGUGUUGUGGGCCCAAUUCAAGCAAUGGCUGAAAUCGAAUGCUGGUAAGCGUGGCAACGGGUUGAAGCAGACCCGCAUGGGAACCAGAAACCAUGGAGUCAGGUCCAAGGAGGGUGUGCAAACUGCUCUAGCAGGGCACAUGGGCACACGUGUGCGGCAGGCAAGAUAUGGCCAGAGACAGAGAGCCAAUGGGUCCCAGGGAGUCAAUGCGGUCAACAGGGUGAAUGGCAGAGGCACUGCUGGGUCGAAGGAGGUGCAGAGGACACAUGCAAAACAUAACCAGCAGAUGGGGGCAGCGGCGGCCAUAUCAAGGCACGGCGCGGUGGAGGGGGCGAGGCUGGUGGGGGCGAGUGCGGGUGCGCUGGCAGCCACGCUCACGGCGUGCGGGGUGGACGCCACCGCUGCUGCGCGCGCCGCCUUCGACCUCUCCCUCGCCAACGGCGUCUGGGAUCGCCCUGCAGGGCUGGCAGGUGUGUGGGGUCGGCUGGUGGGCGAGUGGUUGGACCUCAUGCUCCCUGCGGAUGCUCACACCCGCUGUAGUCACCGCCUCUCCCUCCACAUUGUCACACUGCCCUCCAUUCGCCAUCGCGCGCCAUGGUUCGAGAGGCAGGUGGUGUCGCAGUUCCCAUCGCGGGCGGACCUGAUAGCGUGCUGCCUGGCGUCCGUGCACAUUCCCUUGUUCAUGGACGGCCGCCCCUGGACGCUCUACCGCGGCCGCCGAUGCGUUGACGGCUCCAUUCUUGCCAUGCCGUACGUGCCAUGCCAUGCCAUGCUGCUGUGUGCACUCUGCAGUGCCGUGUGUAACGUGGAUCACAUGCAUGCAUCGCUCCUUGGCUUUGCAUACCCACUCUUGGCCUGUGCGCCUCUUCAUUCUUUGCCUUCCCCCAACCUGUGCUCCUUGCUCCUUCCCAUCCACCUCCUUCACUCCUCACGUUACCAUGUCCCAUCUCUCCUCCAUCCCCGAUUCGCCCCACCCUUCCUCCCCACCCUCUUUCCCCCUUCCUAUUCUUCUCUGUGUGUGUAG